AUGGAUGAAGAUGACUUACAAUGUAAAACAGCUGAGGCGUUAAAUAAAAUGAGGACAAUAUGUCUGGGAAACGAGAUCCGGCCCCAUAUCAGUUGCUUCCUUGAGAGAGAAGGAUGGGAGGACAGUGUAGAGAUACGCAAGUUUGAGGAACCUAGCUGUUGGCGAAUGACCCAGAGUGAUGCGAAUGGAAUCUUCGAGGUAAUAUUGCAUAUGCAAGGAGUACUGGAGGAUAAGAGACUUCCACCUAUUCGCGGUGAACUAGGAUUUGCUUACCAGUAUCGGCCAGCACAAAGAAAAGGCUCCAACACCUACGACAAUCCAUCACCCUUCGCGAAAGAUGUCGACUGCGUGUAUGACAUGUACGCCCUCUUUUCGCGGCACGUACCCGGCCUGAAGAUAAUGGCGACAAAGGGGACAGCGGAACGGCCGAUGCUCGAGAUGUCAAAUAGGAUAUUUACUCCAAAGGUAGAGGCCCCAAAUAUGAACCCAGCCACGGUGAAUCCGGAGAUGGAUGAGAAUGGUUUCAUUGAGAGGAUAAAUGCAACGAAUGGAAUGUUUGUAUAUGGAGAGGAGAACAUAGUAGUCUAUGGAGAAGAGAGGAUAGAUGCUACCGGACGCAAAAAAACCGUCCGCAUUCCACCUCAGAGACUGCACGUGGGUGACAUUGUAGACGUCGCGUUCAGUAUGGUUGCAUUUGGAAGAGGAAGUGAGUUGAAGGCAAGAUUAUUGCUUCGCAAUAUUACACUUUUGGACGCAACUCACACACAAAAAUGGCUCAAGGAAAAGGUCAAGGCACAGUCCUUGAAUAUCAGAGUGCAGCCGACCCUCAAGCGACGUCUUGAGUUCGAAGACGACGAAGAAGAUACCAGGAAGCGAAUGAAGGGAAUGGAUAUCGAAAACGACGAAAAUGAGAUCGAAGACAGCGAAGAAGAUGCCAGGAUGCGAAUGAAGGGAAUGGAUAUCGAAAAUGACGAGAACGGACGAUACUUCCGUAAACUACAGCCUCGUAACCUUGGUAGACCUUGGUUGAUCAAAGAAGGGAAGGGUUUGGAGUACCAAUCACUCGCAAUACUGCCUAUCGACGCUGCUAUCAAAGCACAUUUUUGUUUGCAGGCCAUCAUCUCGCAAAUCAAGCCAGCUUUACCCUCUGUGUCAGAUUCCAUAACCUUGAAAAUUGAAAAAUUGCAAGUCCAUGUCAGCUGGGAUAGUACUCUCACAACGACCCUUGAAAACAUUGUUAAAUUUCUCAAAGGGCUUGAAGAUACCCCUCGGGCUCUCACCAAAGCAGAUGACAGGCAGGCCGGGAAAUUUAUCGAGGAAUUGAAGGGAGCAUUCAAUAUCAAGUCGGUGGACUUACCUAUCAGUCAAUAUGCCUUGGAGCUUCUAAAGUCAACCUUGAAGAGUCGAGGCUAGUGCUGUUGAUAUCGAGGGCUCUUUUAGACUUUGGUUAUUUCUUAAAUCUAUG